GGGUAUGCUCUGCUGCACCCUUCGACCAGAUUACACCCCGCCUUCGCCUUUGUACUCGCUUCUGCAUUCACUAUUGAGCCUGUUUGUGACGAUAGAAAUGGGGUGUUACCAGCCAUGUAACAUCGUCAAAAGAGGUUCGAGCGCCACAUACGAAAUACAACGGGUUCUUUUCAUCUUAAAGGCGAUCCCUCUCUUAGGUAUCUUUGCCUUAGAAGGUGAGAUCGCCUGAUUCGGAAUGCUUACCUUCCAUUUCUCCGUGGGUUAGCG